ACUCCACAUUUUAUUUCUUUUCCUUCCUUGCCUCCUAUUCGCUACUCUCUCUCGUGUUUUCUAAGUAAGAUGGAUAUACACAGUGUGCCACCUCAGCUUUCCUCUGUCUCUUUUUUACUUUAUUUUCCCCUCCCUCUCUUUCUCUCUGGUCUCAAACCAGUCCUCUCCACCCGCCCAAAACAAUCCCACCAUUCUCAGCCACCGGCGGAGUCAGCCCGCGGUUUCAGUAAAUAAACCAACCCAUCGUUGAUAACAAGUUCAGGAAGCAGAAAAAAAAGGAUAAAAAAAUCUGGGACGACGGAAGAAGCUUCAGAAUUUUCAAAUCCCACUCGCUCGCUUGGCUAUCUAUUCUACCGUCCGGUUACACUUUCUUAUUCCAACUCGAUCAAGUGCCCGGGUGAAGAUGCUAACAUGAGCACCCUUUAAUGAUUCGCAAUAGGAUAAUACCGACAACUAUUCCAUUCUCGCGCUCCUUCAAGAAUUAGGUUUUGUUUUCCGAGGGACGCAAAACAUUUUAAGCCAAACCUCUGCGCUUUGAUCUUUAGUUGCGAAUGGAGACGUCGUCGGUGAUCGGUACAGUAGAAGAUGAAGAAACCCUAAUCUGUUCCUCUCCUUCAGACUAUUAAAAAAGCUAGAACUAGAGUCUUUGGGAGGAUGAAAAGAUUUGAUCAGGUUCUGCUGGAUCUAGUUUUAGUGAAACGAAGAAGGGCGACGACCUUUGUGCCCCUUUUUCGUGCUUGUAAAGUUUAUUAACGGUGUCCAAUUGGGGUGGGGCGCCGGGGGGGGGGGACUUUGUCUUAAUUGGAGUUUGCGGCAAUACUCUAUGGUGGUCGUUAAUGGCUGAUGUGAGAAUUUGAUUUUUGUUGAUUCCAUCGAAUUGCAUUGCCAUGGAUUGUCAAGAGGAUGAUAUACUGAACAAAGGCGACGGUAGUAAUAACAUCAAUAAGAAUCCCUUUCUCGAUCGCAGCAAAGUAAGGAUUCUUUUGUGUGAUAAUGAUGCUAAGAACUCUGAAGAGGUCUUUGCACUUCUGUGCAAGUGCUCCUACCAAGUAACUAAAGUGAGGUCACCACGCCAGGUGAUUGAUGCACUAAAUGCAGAGGGGCCUGAUAUAGAUAUAAUACUUUCUGAAGUUGACCUCCCAAUAUCCAAAGGCUUGAAGAUGUUGAAAUACAUUAUGCGGAAUAAUGAGUUGCGGCACAUUCCCAUCAUCAUGAUGUCUGCCCAAGAUGAGGUUUCCAUUGUCAUCAAGUGCUUAAGGCUUGGAGCAGCUGAUUAUCUUGUGAAACCAUUACGUACUAAUGAACUACUAAAUUUGUGGACUCACAUGUGGAGAAGACGACACAUGCUUGGUCUGGUGGAAAAGAACAUCUUGAAUUGCGACUUUGAUUUGGUAGGCUCAGAUCCAAGUGAUGCAAAUACAAACAGCACAACCCUAUUCUCAGAUGACACUGAUGACAAGUCCAAGAAGAAUACCUUAAUGGAAAUAGGUAUUUCAAAGAAUCAGGAAUGUGAUACUAAUGUCCCUGCCUCUGAAGAGCCUCUGCUGAAAAUCUCAUCUGAGUGUCAACCUGGUGUGCUAGGGAUAACCAAUGGGCAAAUAGGGAAGAUUUCAUCAUGUCCAAAGAAAAGUGAACUCAAGGUAGGUGAGUCUUCGGCUUUCUUUACCUAUGUCAAAUCAAGCUUGCCCAGCAACAACUCUCAGAAGGUUGGUCCCAUAGAUGACAAUGCUGCUCAAUCAGUAUACUCCAGCAGGGACAAACUUCCCUUCUGGUGUAAAGAAGCAAGUGAUGAUGCACAGAGAUGUGAAAAUAGAGAGGGGUGGGAGAACUCCUCGAGGGGAUUUAGUCGUCAAAGCAGUGAUAAUGGUCUUGAUUCCACCUCUGCUGAGAGAUCUUGUACUCCCCUGAACUUAAGGGAGGAAGAACACUCUAUGUUAUUUUUGCGUCCAAGCAAUGAGUCCCAAGUUGAUGUUUCUGGUAUACCAUUACAAACUCCAUCAUAUUAUUUGUCAGGAAUGAUGAAUCAAGUUAUCAUGCCAUCAUCAGGGCAACUUUACCCACAGAACCUCCAAGAUUUGCCAAAGCAUUCACCUAUGCUGCCUCAGUAUAGUCAUCUUCCACAAUGUCCUCAUUUACCUGUCAUGGCAUCUUUCCCCUAUUACCCAGUAAGUGUAUGUCUACAACCAGAUCAAAUGCCCACAAGCCACAUUUGGCAGUCAAUGGGAAGUUCAUCUUCCACUGAAGUGAAAACAGGUCGAUUUGAAAGAAGAGAGGCAGCAUUGAUCAAGUUUAGGCAGAAGAGGAAAGACAGAUGUUUUGACAAGAAGAUUAGGUAUGUCAAUCGAAAACGACUUGCUGAAAGGAGGCCACGUGUGCGGGGACAGUUUGUGAGGCAGGUGAAUGGUGUAGAUGUGGAUCCUAGUGCCCAGCCUGCCACUACUGAUGAUUAUGAUGAAGAUGAAGAGGAUGAAGAUGAUGAGCACGUAUCUAGGGAUUCUUCUCCUGAGGAUCAUGUUUCAGGAUCCUAAUGUUAAAGCCUUGGUUAAUGCUUAGUAGCUCUUUUAAUUUCUUCAAAGCUCCAUCUUGUUGUUAUUCAGAAGCUUUCAUAGGCACAUUAAGUCAUUUCUGGAAGUCUUCUCCAGUGUAUACUGAUUCAACUGACAGCUGAAAGGGAGGGAAAGUGCCUAGGUGACACCAGAAUGAAGCAUCGAAGGGUCUAUCAGGAUUCAGAGACAUUGGGAUUUGUAGCAGGGACCUGACCUGGAGUUUUGAGCAUAUAUGAACAGCCAGCUUGGACAUCGCACAUAGAUGAUGUGUUUCCAGUCAGGUUGGGAAAAUAAUGCAGGUCUUUCUUUUGCACUAGUCAAUUUAUUUUGACAAACGAAAUUGUUCCGCUGCAUUCUAUUCUGAUUUCCCCUCAUUUAUAGCGAAAAUUACAAACGAAAUAUGAACAUGCAAACCUUCUUGCUUCCUCCCGAGGGGUUGGAUAUAAAGGCUGUUUUGCUUGAAUUUAUAAUUUUUUUUUACUCA